UAUCUAAAGUUGUUUCUGAAAUUGAUGAUAAUAAAAAUUCUAAUAGUAAAGAAAAUGAUUUAGAAAUGAUGGAUGUGGUUGAUGAAAUUAAUGAGAUCAAUGAAAUUGCAGAAUGGAAUCAAGUUGAAAUUAGCAAUAAAUCUAACAAUGAUUCAAUUAAACUUUUUACUGUUAAGGAUUUUGUUGCAACUGAAGAAAUUAUGAUGUUGGGUGAAUUAUCAAUGGAUGAUUAA